AUGUCUUCUCAAAUCCCAUCUCUUAUCCGUCCACCAAAUUCCUCCCAGAGAAAAUAUCCUGCUCUUUCUAUUCCCAAUUCUUCAGGAAACCCAUCAAGCCAAGUACCUUCUUUUCCUCUCAUUACUUCUUCUCCUUCACUUCAACCUUUAGUCCCUGUUCCAUUUGCAUCUUCCACUACUUCUACCAUACCAAACAGCAACAAUACCAGUAACCAUACUCUACUUCAAUCUCCUGCUUUAGACUCAAUUGACCAUCUCUCAUCUUCAGCUGUCACCCCAACUCCUUCUCAAGACCCUCAAGUUUUCUCAUCAUCUUCUUCCUCUUCUUCUCCUAUCCCAACCCCUAUUCCUACUCUUCCCCAAUUUACUACUCCUUCAGCACCACUCUUGUCAUCUGCUCCUCGAGCUUCUCCCUCCCCCUCAGGUGGCCUCUUUUCUCCAGAAAUAUACGCUGCUCUCGGCAUGAAAACUCCAGUUCCUCCGGCGCCGGCGCCGCUCACUGGUCCAACUACCUAUAUUCCAGUUCCUCAUCCCCAGCAGAUACCUUUUGUCUCAGUCCCAGUCCCAGUCAAUACUACUGAUACUUCUACCAAUACUACCACAAUAAACGUUACUUCUUUACAACCUCAAUCUCAAUCUCAAUCUCUAAAAUCAACUACAACAACACCUGAAGGAUUAUCACUUUCUAGUCUCUCCAUAGACGAUAAAAAUCAAUUACCUCCUAUUUCAUCUGCAUCUAUUCUUUUAAACCAAACAACAACGGCUGUGCCGCAAAAUCAUUCACAACAGCCCUUUUCUUCAUCUAUAAUACCAGAUUCGAAUAUAAAUCAGCCACCACUCAAUAACAACAGUCCAUUUAUCCCCAUUAUUAAUCCUACAUCACUUUCAACUGAACAUCAACAACCAUUACUUCCUCCUAAUUCGUUACUUACUCUUACUACAAACCCAUCUCAACACUCUCGGAACAAUUCUUACUCUAGCGUAGGAUCUAACCCAAGUACUUACAGUAACAAUAACCCCACUUUAGCCACUACUAGUGGUGGAACGGCUCCAUUUGUCCCAACCCCUUCAGCCCCUUUACCUUCAUCAAAUCUUUCACCAUUUCCAUUCCCUGUCAAAAAGUCUGCUUCAAAAACAAUUCUCACCUCCUUGGCCAUCCCGACUAACCCUAAUGCUCCUCCUCCUAAAACUUAUACCGCUGUAAGCUACCAACAACCGCCAUCAUCGUCAUCUUCUUCUUCUUCAUCAUCAUCAUCAUCAUCUUCUUUCCCUCAAGAACUACAACAACCUGCUAAUCCCAUAUUUCAUCAUCAUCAUCACUCUUCCUCUUCCUCUUCAUCAACAGCCGCAUCAGAAUCCUCAUCGACCCUUUCUAUCCCAUCGGCUGAUCUCUCCCAAACAUGUGACCCUUUUAUCCCUCCUGUGAAACCCCCACCUUCUCCAAAAUAUCCAGGAAUUUUCCUGGACACUACCAAAAUUAAAGCUGCUGCUUUCCAGCGUGACUUUGAUGAUAACCCCAAGCCUACCCUUAAAAUUGAAGAUACCCUGGUUUUGGCCAUUGAAAAAAAACCUACACAAUGCUCUUUUUCUUCUUCUUCUUCUUGUUCUUCUCUCGUUUCAUCAACUGAACUAACAGCAGUAGCCACUACCGUUGUCACAGCCACAUCAAAUAUAAUAGAACCACCCGUUGAUCUUAUACCUACAACCACUUCCCCAAAUUUUGACAAUAGAGAUUACUGUCAACGUUAUGCACACCUUGACGUUGCAGACCUUGACGAAGAUGGAUGGAGAGCUGUUGCUGAGGCCGGUGACAUUGAAGAACUUGGCAAGCUCGGCGAAGGUGCCGGCGGAUCAGUCACUAGGUGUCGACUUAAAAAUCGUGGACCCAAUAGCAAAGUCUUUGCACUAAAAGCAAUCACAACCAAUCCCAAUCCAGAAGUUCAAAAACAAAUUUUGCGCGAAUUGCAAUUCAACCGUACAUGUAACUCACCACACAUUGUCAAGUAUUUUGGCACCUUUUUGAGCGAAGAAACUGCAUCUAUCUUCAUCGCCAUGGAAUACUGUGGCGGCGGUUCCCUCGAGGCCAUCUACAAGCGCGUUAAAGCUCGCGACGGACGCAUUGGCGAAAAAGUCUUGGGGAAAAUUGCAGAAGGCGUAUUGUCUGGAUUGUCUUACCUCCACGAACGCAAAAUCAUCCACAGAGACAUUAAGCCGCAAAACAUCCUACUCGACUCGGAAGGCCAAGUCAAGCUCUGUGACUUUGGUGUCUCAGGAGAAGUCGUUAACUCUCUUGCAACUACUUUUACAGGCACCUCAUACUACAUGGCUCCUGAACGAAUUCAAGGACAACCCUACACCGUGACCUCUGAUGUUUGGUCGCUUGGUCUAACAAUCAUGGAAGUGGCACAACACCGGUUCCCGUUUCUUCCGGAAAACCAUGAACCUCUCACGCCCAUUGAGCUGUUAAGUGUGAUUGUAAACAUGCCAGCCCCAGAACUCAUGGACGAACCUGAUGAAGGUAUCAAGUGGUCUGGAUCGUUCCGCCACUUUUUAAAGUCGUGUCUAGAAAAAGACCCAAAGAAACGCGCCUCUCCUCGACAAAUGUUGAUGCAUCCAUGGAUUGUCGGUCAACGUAAUAAGUCGGUUAAAAUGGCAAAGUUUGUAAGAGAAUGUUGGUCUUGA